AACACCUCAACCAAUCAGAGUCCUGGAAUCAGAAACACUUCCUGUUUCUAGACAGUCCUUGGAAAAACAAACAAAUCAAAUGCGUUUUGAUGGCAAUGACACGAUAGCUAAAUCAUGUGUGUACUAAAUUGUUCUAGGCAAUUUCUCUCUCAGAUACUUUCACAGAAUGUUAUUCGAGGGUAUACUGGUGUCGUUAGAGGUGCGUGUUUAAUUUCAAAAGCGCGACGCAGCACAACAUUUUUGUAUCGACGUAACACAUGUCUUGCCUCUCAACAAUUGCAUCCAUAUCUCUCUGCAUUUUACAACGGUAUUAGACGAUAUUACGCCGAUUUACAUAAUGAAGAGAAUGUUUUAAAAUUGGACAGCCCUGGCAAGCUUCUGGCACAACAAGAUGAAUAUGAGAUGCAGAGUGACUCAAGCAAAAGAAACCCGCAGGAGGACUUUAACAUCGACGUGUUGGUGUCCCUGCUCCGCCAGGAGAAUGCAGCAGACAUCUGUGUCAUCAAGGUGCCUGAGGACAUCAAGUACACAGACUACUUCAUCGUUGUCAGCGGUUCCUCCUCAAGACACCUCCGUGCCAUGGCCCUCUACGCCAUUAAAGUGUACAAAUAUAUGAAGAAAGAUGGGGACCCACAUGCCAAGAUUGAGGGAAAGGAUGCAGAAGACUGGAUGUGCAUUGACUUUGGAAGGAUGGUGGUCCACUUCAUGCUACCAGAGACCAGAGAGGUGUAUGAACUGGAGAAGCUGUGGACACUGCGUUCUCUUGAUGAACAGUUGAGCUCCAUCCCUGUUGAGACGCUCCCAGAGGACUUCAUAUAUGGAGCCGAUGUCAAUGUCACCAAGUGACUCAACAAUUAAAGAACUGUUGAGACUGGAGUGUUAUUUAUUGAAAAGAAGAGACACUGAGUCUGCUUCUUAAAUGGCACCCUAUUCCCUUUAUAGUGCACUACUUUUGACCAGACCUAUUCCCUUUAUAGUGCACUACUUUUGACCGGAGUCUUAUGGGCCCUGUAGGGAAAAGCAGCGUACCAUUUGGGGCUCAUUCCAAAUGUUGAAAACUGCAGUUACUGGUUGAAUUCAGCCUGUUAUUUGAAGUUAUCCUCUAAGCUUUGAUCUUUGUUACCAUUAUAAACCAGUCUGCUAUGCAGACUAGAUGACACAAGAAGUGUCUUACAAUCAUGGUUGUUAAUGUUUGCACUGGAAUGUAGCUAGGGGUUUAGGGUUUUUGUGUGUGUUAAGAUGUAUUGAUGCAAAUGGGGAGGGGGAUUCAGUGGCAAUGGUGGUUUGGGCAUUUCAUCAGAAGACUGAAUUUUAUUAAAGAAUUAAUAUAAAAAAUA